AUGGCUGCUGGAUUCGGAAAGGCGAUUGGCGGAGGUCUAAAAAAGGCGGGCGCUACAGUAGGAGACGGGUUACGCAGAGUUUCCACUGUAGCUCCUGCGUCCUCGUCAUUGGAUGAUCCGUUAGGGCAGUCGUUUCACGAGGUGGUGAGGCAGCUUAAAGCGGGGAUGGGUAAGGUGGUGCAGGGGGGGCAGCAGGUGCAGCAGCAGGUGCAGCAGCAGGUGCAGGGCCGGCUGCGUGGCGCCUCUGCUGCUGUUGCUUCUGCUGGUACUGCUGCUGCCGGUACUGUUUCUGCUGCUGCUGCUGUUGCUGCUGCUGCUGGCGGUGUUGGUGCUAGCAAUUCUCCCCAGAAGCCAACACCAGCAGCAGCAGCAGGGGUUAAGAAAUCCAGCAGCACGGGAGGCUCAGCAGUGGAGUUGAUAGGCCUCGCGAGCACAUACCCUCCCCGUGGCGCCUCUUCCGCUGCUACAGCCCUGGCUGCUACAGCCGCUACAGCCGGCGCUACAGCUGGCGCUACAGCCAUCACGACAGCAGCGACAGCAGCAGCGGGUUCAGCAGCAGCGGCGGAGGGCUCGAUUUCCCCAGCCCGCGGGUCCCAGGAGGGGGCGGAGGCGCAGGGGGAGGGGGAGGGGGAGGCGGGGGGGGGAGGGGGGAGCGGAAGCAGCGGAUCGCUGGAGAUCAGAAGCCCCAGGGGGAUCGUUUUUCUUGAUGCGCGGAGCCCCCGCGCUCCUGGCGGUGGUGGCGGAGGGGGGGGCUUUGGGGACGGGGGGAGACGAGGGCGGGUGAGAGGAGGGGGGUCGGGGGGGAGUGGGGUGGGGCCGGGGUCGAAGGGGGUGGGCGCAGGGGCGGACGGGGGGAGGGGAGGGAUGGGGCGGAAGACUGGUAGUGCAGGGAACAUGCUGGGUUUGUUCGAUGCGAUGAGGGGAGGGGCAGGGGGAGGGGGAGGGACAGGGGCAGGGGCAGGGGGAGGGGCAGGGGGAGGAUCAGGGGGAGGAUCAGGGGGAGGAGGGGGAGGAGCAGGGGUGGGGGAGGCGAGUGCAGGGGGCAGAGGGGGAAGGGAGCGUUGGCCUUUGAGCCCUCUAGGGGGUGGUUCGUCAGACUGGACGAGGAAAAAAGAGCACCCGGAUUCUCCCCAGCGCUCUCGGCAGCAGCAGCAGCAGCAGGAUGCUACUGGGGCAGCAGCAGCAGCAGCCUCGAAAGGUGCAGCUGCUGCUACCGCUUCUGCUGGUGCUGCUGUUUGUGCUGCUGUCGCCACUGACACAUCGGAUGAGGUGCGGGAGUUGCUUGCAACUAUCCGCUCCUCCUCCUCCUUCUCCUCCUCCUCCGCCUCCUCUACUUCUUCUCAGUCCAACAAGCCAUCAUCUUCUUCUGACCGUCAGCUAAGAGAAGCCGUAUCGUCUCUCCGAUCGCUCCUUAGGAAGCAGCCUGCGGCGAAGGACAUCACGGUGGAGUGCGGUGGAGUGCGGCUCAUUGUGGAUCUGCUCUCUGCCUCUGAUAUGAAAACGCAGGAGCAUGCAGUUUCGUGCCUGCUUUUGGUAUCUCUAGUGAAAGGGGUAGCUGGGGAGAUAGCAGCGUGCAAUGGGGUGCAGCAGCUGGUAAAUCUGCUUCAAAGCGGCACUGUAGCUUCAAAAGAAGGCGCAGCAGCAGCGCUGUUCACUCUGUCCGUUAGCGAGUCGCUUCUUAUGGAGGUUAGGGGGAGCGGGGCGGUGCCACUGCUACUGGAUGUGCUUAAAACGGGGUCCACUAGAGGGAGGAAAGACUCAGCCCUCGUGUUAUUCAACGUAUCGAGAGACUCGAAAGGGGCGUUGGAGUUAGUUCAAGCGGGUGCGGUGGAAGUGCUUUUAGAGGUGCUUGCUUAUAAAGAGUCGGGGUUGGAAGAGAAAGCAAUGGCGGUGCUGGCUAAUAUCUGCCGGUUGAAAGAGGGCCGUGCUAGGCUUGUAGCAGCAGACGGAAAAGGCUGGGCUGGUGGUGGGAGUAGUGGUGGUAGUGGCAAUGGUGGCAGUGGUGGCAGUGGUAGGAAUGGUGCUAGUGGUGGUGGUGUGGGUGAUGCGAUUGCAGUGUUGGUUGCUGUUGUUGCUAGCGGCUCGCCGAGAGCUCAAGAGGACGCUAUUAUGACCCUGCUGCUACUGGCUACUGGGGGGCAUUUGAGGGGAGGUGGUGAGGGGGAUGGUGGAGAUGGGAAUGGGGAGGAGGAUGGGGAGGAGUUGGGAAGGAGGAUGGUGGAGGAAGGGGUUUUGCUGGCUUUGGAGGAGUUGUUACUAAGUGAUGUUUGCUCGGGGAGAGUGAAGGCGAAAGCGCAAGCGCUGGUUGAUGUUUUGCAGGGUACAGAUGAAGCAAAUGGUUGA